AUGACGAAAACUUGUGCAGGCUGCUCUGCAAAUCUUCGUAAGGAGUAUUUGGUUUGUCAUAAUUGUAAUGAUUCUUAUGAUCUCCUGUGUGCAAACUUGACUCAAAAUAAAUUCAGUUUAAUGAGUAAAGAUAAUAAAAAUACCUGGAUCUUUCAUGCCUCCCGUUGCAAAAUACCAAAGCAUGACAAUACAAAUACUCUGGUCCGCAUCAGCACCUCGAAGCCAUCAAAUACCUCACCCGCUCCUCCUAACUCUGACCAUUCUAAUGUUAUCAUGCGAUACAAAAGUCGACAGGGAGUCCCAGACAACCAAAUAAGCGGGAGUUCGAAUACAUCGUUGUGGGACUCACAAUUAGAGGAUAAACAUGUUUCUACCGUGAAUAACCUAUAUAUGGAAGAAAUACGAGGUAUAGUGAGGGAUGAAUUUAACAUUGCUUUUUCGCAUUUUGAAACUAAUUUGCUAAAAAAUAUGGAGAUAAAAAACAAUGAACUUAUAGAGCGUGUAGAGCAAUUGACAACCUCACUUAAUUUCUUCGAAAUAAAAUAUGAAGAAAUUCGUGCUAAUGUACAAACUAAAAAUGAAUUGCUGAAAAAGUUAGAACAUGAAAAUAAAGAGCUAAAAAGUUCAUUCGCGGACUUCAGCGCCAGGCUUGCAACAAACGAAACACCAUUAGAGGGCUAG